AUGGAUUCAUCAAGCUCGGAGGUUGUUGAUUUCAUAUCCUUGCCAAAAAUUGAAUUACAUGCUCAUCUCAGUGGAAGUAUCAGCCGACAAUGUCUUCAUGAAGUAUGGCUUCAGAAAUGGGAAAAGGGUGAGACUACAACGCAAGAUCCAUUGGUUGAGAUGCCAGUUGGUAAAUUUGAUUAUGAUCUUGAAACAUUCUUUCCGUUAUUCUCCAAAUAUAUCUACGCUCUCGUCAACGACCUUGCCUCCUUGAUCUAUACCACGAACUCCGUUCUUUCAGACUUUCAAGCAGAUGGCGUCAUCUAUCUUGAGCUCCGUACCACACCUCGAGCUAUUCCUUCCGCAGGUAUCACCAAAGAGAUCUACGUUCAAACAAUCCUCGACUGCGUCGCCCAACACAACAACUCCAAUGGUUCCAUGAAAACAAACCUGAUCCUCUCUAUCGACCGCCGAAAUGAUGCUCAAACAGCUAUGGAUGUCGUGGAACUAGCAUACAAAUACCACGGCAAAGGAGUCGUAGGAAUCGAUCUUUGUGGCGACCCAUCUGUAGGCGAUGUAUCCAUCUUCGAACCCGCUUUCCUCCUAGCUCAAAAAUACAACCUCAAAAUCACAAUCCAUUUUGCAGAAGUGGCGCAAGCACCUACCAGUACGGAACUAGAAACACUUCUGUCGUAUAAACCGCAUAGAAUAGGACAUGUAAUCCAUGUACCAGAAAAUCUCAAACCGGAAAUUGAAAGGAUGGGAUUGGGAUUGGAACUUUGCUUGAGUUGUAAUGUUCAUGCGAAAAUGAUCGUAGGCACGUAUGAAGAUCAUCAUUUUGGGGAGUGGUGGGGAAAAGGCGCGAAAGUGAUUUUAUGUACCGACGACGUAGGAGUCUUCGGAAGUAAACUUUCAGAUGAAUAUGCACUUGUAGCAAAACAUUUUCACCUCGACAGAAAUGCGAUUUGUAAGCUCGCGAGAAGUGGGAUUGAUUCGAUUUUUGGUGGGGAGGAGGAUAGAGAGAGGUUGAGGGGGAUUAUGUGGAGGGAGUAG